AUGGCGAAGUACAAGGACGGCGAAACCGUCGCAGCCUUCAAUGGCAAGUGGGUGUCAUGGACACACACUGUCGUCGCUUAUGCGGCGUUUCUGGGAGCUCUAAUUGUUGGAAUCUCUCUCCAUUACCAGAAGAUCGUGCAGAAUGAGCAUUACGGCUACCCGCAGGAAUGGUUUCCGUCCGUCUCCGCCACCAUUGGCGACCGCUACCCCGAGCGCAGCGUUUUCCAAGUCUUCAUUGCCUUGACUGCUGGCCCGAGGUUUGCGCUGGUCGGGCUUUGGUACGUCCUUACGGCAAAGCCCAACUCGACAUUGCCCAAGUUCAUUGCCGGUGUUGGAAUUUUCCGCACUUUGACCUGCGGUGGUUGGACCUACAUCACAUCCACCGACGAUCAUGACUGGCAUGAUAUCUUCAUGAUUUCGUACCUGGUUGCGACCAUCCCAUGGACGUACGGCUGCUAUGUCCUCAGCCCGCCGAACGUGAAGGCCAUCAAAUACCGCAAGAUAUUCGCAACAAGCUUCUUUGCGACUAUCGUGCCCUUGGUUUACUUCUUCAUUCAGCACAAGGUUCACAAGAAGGCUGGAGCUUACACCAUUUACGCGUUCUUUGAGUGGAGUCUUGUCCUUCUUGAUGUUGCUUUCGAUGCCGUCACCGUCUUCGACUUCUCUGGAUUCGAGAUCGUUGUCAAGGACCUCAGAGGUGUUAGCAGAGGAAACUCUCAAGCCGAACGCCUCGCGGAAAAGGAGAAAAACCGCGAGAUUGCCGAUCUCUACGCCGCCGGCUUCCACUGGCCUGCUUUCUUUGAUGCCGCUGCAGAUGUCUACAAUGGCUUCGUUUUCUGGACGAUGCUGACCUCUCUGGGACUUCUCGUGUGGUACUUCCCGCUUUGGUACAUGGGCAUUUCUGGCUACGAGGUCAUAGUUAUGUGUACCGUGUCUCCCUUCCUGCUCGGCAUCCGCCCGCUUCGGUCGCUGGUUAUCCGGAACAUUCGCAUCACGCACCUCCUUUCUCUUUCUGGACUCCUUUCUUACUUGAUCACGGCACCAGACAAGCGCUUGUUUGCUGUUGGCUUUGGUCUUUGGAUGUCCUGCCUUUCUUGGGCGGCCACCUUCUAUGCGGAACGUUCUCAGCCCCAUCGCCUGGAAGCCCGUGUUUCGGCUUUUGCGCUCGGUCUCCUCAUGUCCAGCGUUGCCAAGUUCGCCUUCUGGACCAACAAUCCCAUCUGGCCUAUUAUGCAUGCGCCCAACGGUGGCUGGAACAAGCUUGGAAUUGCUCUGGCCAUUUUGGCCAUUUUCCGUUCCACCCGGUUUACGGCCAGCGGCGGCGCGGACAUCCCGGCUCCUGGCCCUCAGAAAGGAUCGCCUGCCUUGGCGGGUCUCGGUCUUGCCGGUCUCUUCUUUGCUAUGCACUCUCUGCUUUCGGACACGAGCACCAUGAUCCUCUGGGUUUGGGAGGGCUACCCCGUCCGCGGGCCGCUCUCUGUUCCUCACGGUGCCUACACUCUCUUUGCCAUGGGAGCUGGCCUCACAGUUGGCCUUUUCUACCCAAGGCUUGCCGGAAGCUGGGCUUUCUACGGCAUUGGUGCUGUCGGCGCCGCUGUAUUGACCGGCAAUGGUAACUGGUUUGGAUACUAUGGUGCUCUCACUCUGGCGGCGUAUAUCAUGGCCGUCGCACCGGUUCUGAUCUCUUCUGCGGCCCGCCACAACCCAGCACCCACCUUCGGUCUGGGCUUCCUCAUUUACAACAUCCUGGUCCUUGCCCAUGUUUGGGUUGUUGCAUACGCCUUCGUCCCGGGAGGUCCUCUGAUGCGUGAGCACACGGACUGGGUCAUGACUGCAACAAUGCUGUGCAUUGGCGCUGGUGUGUUUGCUGCUGUUGGCACUCCUAGCGGUGCCGCUAGCGCCAAGGCUCGCAAGCCGGCAAGCCCGACUUCCCGCAAGACGCGCUCGUACUACCUGUAUGUGCUGCUCGUCCUUGAGGCUCUCGGUGCUUCCAUCGCAUACCUGCGUUUCCCGUCAUAUGACUACACUCCUUACCACAAAAAUGACAAGGUCAUUACUGCUGGUAUUUGGACGAUCCAUUUCACUCUCGACAACGACAUGUGGUCGUCAGAGCGCCGCAUGCGUGAUCUGAUCAAGGAGAUGGAAGUCGACGUCAUUGGUCUGCUCGAGAGCGACACGGAGCGCAUCAUCAUGGGCAAUCGCGACACGACCCAGUACCUGGCCGAAGACCUUGGAAUGUACGUCGACUAUGGCCCAGGCCCCAACAAGCACACCUGGGGCGCGGCGCUGUUGUCCAAGUUCCCCAUCCUUAACUCGACGCACCACCUGCUGCCGUCGCCUGUUGGUGAGUUGGCUCCAGCCAUCCACGCCACGCUUGACUGCUACGGCGAGCUGGUCGAUGUCUUCGUCUUCCACUCGGGCCAAGAAGAGGAUCCAGAGGAUCGCAGACUCCAGUCCGAGUACCUGUCCAACCUCAUGGGCUCGUCACCCCGUCCCAGCAUUCUGCUCAGUUACCUUGUCACCAAGCCCAAAGAAGGCAAUUACAACACGUAUGUCAGCGACAUCAGUGGCAUGCGCGACAUUGACCCGAGCGAUUGGGACCGUUGGUGCGAGUACAUCCUUUACAAGAAGCUCAGGCGUACCGGUUAUGCCAGAGUUAGCAGGAGCACCAUCACCGACACUGAGCUCCAGGUUGGUAAGUUUGUCGUUGGCCAGCCGGAGGGCUCAGACGAGCUCAUCCACGAGAACGAUGUUCCGUACGGCCUGCGCUUCCCGACGCUGUUCAGAGGCGAGGGCGUCAGAGGCCAUCACUACCACGUGUUUAACGAGCCUAGAUAUUAUGCCUAG